AAACUAUAACCUCCUUGGAAGUCCCUUUUACUCUGACAAAUCAGGUUUAGAUUGGAGAGUAAAGCAGUCAAAAUGGAUCCAUUUUAUACGGCCAUGAGUCUUUACCGGAAAAGAAAUUUUGUUCAGUGUGCACAAGUAUGUUCGGAUAUUUUACGAGACGACGGACAACAUCAGGCGGCGUGGGUAUUGAAAGUGAGAGCCUUGACUCAACGAGUAGCCUACGACGACACGGAUGUUUUGGAAAGUUUAGCCGAAUCUACCUCGAUAGAAAAUCACUGGACUAAAACUGCGCCACCUGGAACGUCUACUGUUACUAAAACAGCUCGUCGGGACCCGACCACAGGGACGAACAGACCACCGACUCAAUCUCGACCUUUGAGCGGUGUCGUUCGUCUAAAUCACAGUGGGUUGGGAGGAUCACACGAUAUUAAUAAUAGCCAAACAACUGCUAAGAGUCGAGUUCAAACGAGUCGAUUGUUAAGUCGGCUGGGUACAGCUUCGUUGUCAACAGAAGCAGAAUCAUUCAUCAACGUGGCGCGUUUAAAUCUGGCACAAUAUGCAGCUUUAUCCCAACUAGCCAAACCACUUUUCGAAUACCUUUACUAUGUUCAAGGAGAUGUCAAAAAUGCAUUGGAAUUGGCGAAUCAAGCUCAACACCACUCAUCUACUCUCCAUCUGCGCAACAGCGACGAGAAAAAUCAUUACUGGAAAUUUGCAAUAGCUAGAUGUUUGGUACGUCUAGGGCUUGUACGUCAAAUAGUUCAGACUACGUCGGAUUGGUACAUCCAAAUGAAUAGUUCAGACGGUGUGCUAUUAAUGGCAAAAUCAUACCUGAUUGUCGAUCAACCACUUACUGCCCUGGUGAUUUACAAAAAAGGAUUAGAGAAGUUUCCUAAAGAUACGGUUAUCCUAUCAGGAAUCGGCAGGAUAUAUGAAGAGCUUCGACAACCGGAAGACUCCGUUUCAACCUACAAGGAAGUCCUGAAUUACGAUUGCAGCAAUACUGAAGCAGUGGCUUGUAUUGCAGCACAUUUCUUUUAUACUAGCCAGCCAGAAUGGGCACUCGUUUUCUACAAGUUAGGCUUACUAAAAUGUUUACAGUAUUAUUGGUGGCUAAUUGUUAACUUUUCUCUAAGGCGGCUACUUCAAAUGGGAAUUCACACAGCUGAAGUUUUUUGUAAUAUUGCACUAUGCUGUCUGAAAACGCAACAAUAUGACAUGAUCGUUCCUUGCAUUGAAAACGCCCUGACUCUUGCUGUAAAAGAUGAUUUACUGGCUGAAGUAUGGUACAACGCUGGUCAUGUAGGUCUUGCAAUGGGAAACUUGGAACUGGCGGAUAAAUGCUGGGAGCUGACACGUCGCAUUUCCCCAAAUCAUAGUGAGGCUUGCAAUAAUUUGGCUGUUUUGGCCUUACUGGAAGGCAAAAUACAAGAAGGAAAAGCACUACUUAAUGCAUGUUUAUCUUUAAAUGAAGAUCUUACUGAAGCCAAACUUAAUCUUAAGCAACUAUCAAACCAAGAUAACGAAAUGAUGGAAUGCUUAAUAUAAAUUAUACCAUGAGUGUGACCAGCAAAUUUAUGAAUGCUCUUUUAUUACACUGCAUUGUUGACUUUGAUACUAGCAUUUAAUUGUUGUUUCAUCCCAAUAAGAAUUCCACUUCUUGUGUUGAAAUCUUUUUCUGGGGUCUUUAUGGCUCCAAGACGGGUUGAUGUUUGACAUCAGUCCAGCCUUCUGUGCCAUAGUCACCAUGGUCCCAAUACGCUUCUGUUGUCUUU